UCUUUUCCCUCCUCUUCCCAAAACCCACUUGAAAAGUCGCUUUCCUGCCACAUCUUCAUCAACCCAGGAGAUCCUCCCCUCUGUUCCCAAAAGCUUGCGAGUAAGGAUGGCUUCCGGUGAACAGAAAUUCCCCCGACAAAAGCAAGAAACUCAGCCUGGAAAAGAACAUGCCAUGGACCCUGUGCCUCAAUUCACAAGCCCCAAUUACAAGCCAUCAAACAAGCUUCAAGGGAAGAUAGCACUAAUUACGGGAGGUGACUCCGGGAUAGGAAGAGCCGUGUGCAACUUGUUUGCCUUGGAAGGAGCCACCGUGGCCUUCACGUACGUGAAGGGACAGGAGGACAAAGACGCAGAGGACACGCUUGAAAUGAUCAACAGGGCUAAGGCUUCGGAUGCGAGGGAGCCAAUGGCCAUACCGGCCGACGUGGGUUACGAUGAGAACUGCAAGAAAGUUGUGGACGAGGUGGUGAAUAGGUACGGCAGGAUCGACAUCUUGAUCAACAACGCCGCCGAGCAGUACGAGGCUGGAUCAGUGGAGGAGAUCGAUGAGAAGAGGCUGGACAGGGUGUUUAGAACCAAUAUAUUCGCUUAUUUCUUCAUGGCCAGGCAUGCGUUGAAGCACAUGAAGGAGGGAAGCAGCAUCAUUAACACGACAUCAGUGACAGCGUACAAAGGGAGUGCGAAGCUACUGGAUUACACGGCCACGAAGGGGGCGAUAGUGGCGUUUACGAGGGGACUGUCGCUGCAACUGGCGAGCAGGAAGAUAAGAGUGAAUGGGGUGGCACCUGGACCCGUAUGGACUCCAUUGAUUCCUGCGUCCUUCAAGGAGGAUGAAACCUGUCAGUUUGGUGAGGAGGUGCCCAUGAAGAGAGCUGGCCAGCCCAUUGAGGUCGCUCCAUCUUAUGUGUUCCUCGCUUGCAACCACUGUUCUUCUUACAUCACUGGCCAAGUCCUCCACCCCAAUGGUGGGACCAUUGUUAAUGCUUGAAGCAUGGGUGAUUUCUGCGAUCUCAAAUAAUCAUGUAACUGAGGGUUUUCCUUUAUCAUUAUUAGCUAUACACCACUGUAGUUGAGACGAAUUUCCUUUUGAACUUGUACACGUG